UCAAAGUUUUUAACCCACUCCAAAAAUGGUGAACACGAGAGCCAAAAUCAAGAAAAUCCAGAACACCAUAAACCUCUGGUUCUCGGAGGCUGCCAUGGCGGAGACCAAUCAUCUGUCAACAGAGUCUGGAGCUCUGAUCGGUUCCAAUGACGAUCUUUUAAUCGAAAUCCUUCUCCGAUUGCCUGUAGCCUCUGUUCUUCGAUUCAAAUCUGUAUCCAAACACUGGCGUUCCCUUUUGAGUAACCGGCGAUUUACCCUACUGUAUAAAAAUGCUUCAUCCUCUCCUGGCCUUUAUGCUCGUAAUUUGUAUAUUCCAUUUGACGACGAGAUCAUAAGCACUCCUCCUUUUCGUAAUCUCGACUUCUAUCCUGAUCCUCGUGGUAUUAGAAUCGUGCAAUCUUGUAACGGAUUACUGCUUUGUCGCAGCUAUGAUGGGGACGAACGAAUGCAUAAAUAUUACGUAUUUAAUCCCACUACCAAGCAAUUUGCAGUCCUCCCAUCAGUUCUAGGAGGGAUGGCUGUUCGUAAAACCAUCGUUUUUAUGGCUUUGGCAUUUCAUCAAACAGAUUGUGUUCAUUACAAGGUUGUUUGCUUUUACCUUCCUAACCUGGACGAUGUGUUUAAGAUUCAAAUCUACUCCUCCGAUACAGGGAAAUGGAAGAUUUCAGAUGAAUCUCUUUCUUUACCUCAUCCUUAUUUUGUACCCUUUCACUACAUAGUUUAUUGGAAUCAAGCUAUACACUGGGUUCCCUUUGGUGACAAUCGAUUGUACUUUAAGGUCGACACGGAAGAAUUUAAAUCGCUUCCCUUGCCUGUGUCGGUGGCGUCUUCCGAAGGUUAUGAAGACUGGGAUAUGACACUUUACUUUGGGGAGUCGCGAGGCCAUCUGCAUUUGGUGGAGAGGGCCGAUCGCAGUGAGAGCCAUUUACACCUGAAUGUGUACGAGAUGUUGAACGAUCAUUCGGGGUGGUUUCUCAAGUAUCGAAUCGAGCUUGAUGAGCUUCUGGAUGCUUAUCCGGAGAUGAGGGAAGGCUUUCCAUAUAUGUCGAGCCCAAUUUAUUACGAAUUUGAAGUGUUUGAUGUGGUUCGGGGUGAAGAAGACGAUGAAACAUUUAUGGUGAUCAGAGUUCCAGGGAAGGUCAUAAGGUAUAAUGUUGUGGACAAGAGUUUCAAGCAGAUUUCUGACCAGAUCUAUUUAUAUGGACGAACCGGGCACAUGCAUGUUCAUCGUUAUAUUGAAUCUUUGGUGUCGUUCUAAUACAUGUAACAUCCAAUUUAUAUGGUAGAAUUUGUGUGUUUAUAUCUACACACAUAGCGGAUAGCAUUUGUUUUAGUUCAAACCUUGUCACAGAUUUAUGUUUCCUAUAGAUUUGUGUCACCCUAUGUAAAAUCUAUUGGUUUACGCCGGUAUUCAUCAGACGGAUUUUUGACAAUACCAAUUUUCGUCAUUAUUUCGUCAAAAAUGUGUCACUAAAUUACGGCUCCCAAUUAUGUUGUUGUUCCGUCCGUGUUAUGACGCAAUUUUUCCAUGGGUGAUUUCUAUUGGAAAUGCUC